AUGUCAACAGCUUCUGCAAUCAUGCCUCAGAGCAACGGAACGAAUGGACAUUCCAAACACAAUGGUACAUGUGACGAAAUGGGCGUAGAUACUAGGUAUCCUGAUGGCACGGUGCGUCUACGGAAUCCAAACAUCGAACUCAUGGACCAAGAUAUUCUUUAUCAUUUAGCACUUGGCAGCGGAUCUCACGAUCUCGUUGAAAUGUUCGGAGAUGUUAAGUUCGUCUGUAUGGGCGGUACUCCGAAGCGCAUGGAACAGUUCGCGUACACCGUGAUGGCUGAAAUAGGUCACAAGCUACCCUGUGGAACAACAUUACAGGAUAUAAGCCAGUUCUCAUACAGAUACUCCAUGUACAAAGUUGGCCCCGUACUAUGUAUCAGUCACGGUAUGGGCAUACCGUCAGUGGGUAUCUUAUUACACGAGGUCAUUAAGCUGAUGUACCACGCUAAAGUACGGGAUCCUGUGUUCUUCCGCAUCGGUACUUGCGGGGGCGUGGGUUAUGAAGGUGGGACGGUCAUUAUCUCAGAGGAUACUGUUGAUGGAGCUCUCAGGAAUGUUCUGGAAUUGACAGUUUUGGGCAAGUCAGUCCAACGUCCGGCCAAGUUGGACAGGAGGCUGGCGCGUGAACUGAAGGCUCUAUCAGACCCUGAGGACCCUUACGACACGGUCAUGGGCAAAACUAUGUGCACCUACGACUUUUAUGAAGGUCAAGGUCGUCUGGACGGUGCAUUCUGUGAUUUCACGGAGACUGAUAAGAUGGAAUAUCUCGAGAGUAUCCACAAAUUCGGCGUCGUUAAUAUAGAGAUGGAGUCAUUGGCCUUCGCUGCUCUUACACAUCACGCUGGAAUUAAGGCGGCCGUUGUUUGCGUCACGCUACUAGAUAGGCUUAAGGGGGACCAGGUUCUAGCGCCCAAAGAGGUUCUGGACGAGUGGCAACAACGUCCAACAAAACUUGUAUGCCGUUAUAUGAAAAGGUAUUUACAAAUAAAAGGACGUCUCUCAUUGGACGGCCACGGAUCAGUGGCUGUCAAGAGUCCUCGGCGGUUCAAGCUAGUGCAGCAAGAAUCGGAAACUUACGAUUAA